CAGAGACCUGUACUUCUCUGUCAACAGGCAAUAUUGUAGUGUUGUUGCUCUACAUGGCUAUCCAAGCUUGCCUCCACUUGGCAGUUUCCCCACCAUGAGGAGAAGAAAACUUGCUGGCAAUUUUGAAAAGGAGAUGGUGGAAGUACAUGAUCUUGGGGAUAGUAGAUAUAGAAGCCAAUUACCUGGUAGUAAAAGCUUAUCAAUACACCACUCUUACUAGUGUACAGCUCCUAGAUUGUUUCGUCAUCCCAGUGGUGAUACUGCUCUCCUGGUUCUUCCUGCUGGUACGAUACAAGGCAGUACAUUUCAUUGGGAUCGUGGUCUGCAUUCUGGGCAUGGGCUGCAUGGCAGGAGCAGAUGUCCUUGUUGGGAGACAGCAAGGAGCAGGUGAAAAUAAACUGAUAGGGGAUCUCUUAGUAUUGGGUGGAGCAACACUGUACGGCAUCUCGAACGUUUGUGAAGAGUAUAUUGUCCGAAAUCUGAGUCGAGUGGAGUUCCUGGGCAUGAUUGGACUCUUUGGCUCCUUCUUCAGUGGAAUUCAGCUUGCAAUCAUGGAACACAAAGAGCUGCUGAAGGUUCCCUGGGACUGGCAAAUAGGCUUGUUGUAUGUCGGCUUUAGUGCCUGUAUGUUUGGCCUCUACAGCUUUAUGCCAGUGGUCAUAAAGAAAACCAGUGCUACUGCUGUCAACCUCUCCCUACUCACAGCUGACCUAUACAGCCUUUUCUGUGGAUUAUUCCUCUUCCACUACAAGGUCUGCUUCGUGGUGAUUUGGUUCUGCCGCAUACUUUAAAUCCAGAAUAUUCAAAAUUAGGUAUUGGCUGAGAAUUAUAAGCCCCUACUAAUAAUAUUUGAUAAUCAUGAUAAAAUAGGUGAUUUUAGUCAAGUAUUUCUAAGAAGGAUGUUUAUACUACACAAUAAAAGACUGACAAAUUUAAUUCUGAAAAUAGUAGCGGUGGUGUUUUAACAAAAUCAGUCUUUUAGAGGGACAGACUUGA